AUAAUCCCCAUACCUUGUGGAAUUGCAGAUACGAAUCAACUACGUUGCCAAUAACUUCAAGUGCUCAAUCAACUUAGGCUAGAGUCUGUGCGUGCCGUAAUUUCCCUACCAAGUGUGCGUGUGUGUGUGUGUGCUGGUGUAUUUUAAGCUUCAAAUAGUGCAAUUGUUGUGUGCGUGAUGACAGUGUCGCUAGCGUUAUCGUCCGUGUGCGCGUGGUAGUAUGCGAGUCCUUAUGGCAGGCCGCAGUAGUAGCAUGACGAGUAGCAGCAAACCGAGCGAAUGUGCCGCAGCAUUGCAUCGGUUUAGCAACAUUUUGGCAAUAUUAUGACGCACCUGACUAACACACGCGUAAAGGUGCCUAGAGGUGCCGCCGCCGAGUGAAGAAUUCAAAAUCCUAGCAUCCAGGGAAGAGAGUGUGGGGAGGAGUAGGAGGAGGAAGGAGACGGGUGUCGUCCCUUCCGUGUUGUAGCAAAGCUUUAGGAAAGUGCAGCAAGUGAAGAAGGAAGGGGAAGGAAAAUGUAUUGUGCCAGUGUGGUGAAAAUUAUGUGUUGGCUGCUGGUGGCCACGCUGGGCCUGCUGGCCGCAGCCGCCAUCGAGCAGGUGGGUGCGCACAGUCCCGGGCCGGGGCCGGGGCCCGGUCCGGGCGUGGUGAUCGUGCCGCGGCGUCGCUCCUCGAGCGACGGGGCGAUGCAGUCGCGGGCGGUGGAGACGCGCGUACAGUUCAAUGUGUUUGAGAACGAGGCGAAGGGCACGGUGGUGGGCUACAUCCCUACCAAGCCGGGCUUCACCUAUCGGUUCAACGAGCCGCCGCGGGAGUUUGUGCUGGACGCGAGCACGGGCGAGAUCAAGACGAACGCCGUGCUGGACCGGGAGGCGCUGCGGGCCGACCGGUACGACCUGGUGAUACUGUCCAGCCAGCCGACGUACCCGAUCGAGGUGCGCAUCACCGUGCUGGACGUGAACGACAAUGCGCCGGAGUUUCCGGAGCCCACGAUCGCGGUCUCGUUCUCGGAGAGUGCCAUCACCGGGACGCGGCUGCUGCUGGAUGCGGCCACCGAUCGGGACGCGGGCGAGAACGGCGUCACGGACGACUACCGCAUCGUGGAGGGCAACCAUGAGGAAAAGUUCCGGCUCGCCGUUACCACCAGCCCGAACGGGGACGUGUACUAUCUGCAUCUCGAGACGACGGGCAAGCUGGACCGGGAGAGCCGCGGCUUCUACGCGCUCAACAUCUCGGCCCGGGACGGCGGCGAGCCGGCCCGGUACGGCUAUCUGCGCGUGAACGUGACGAUACUGGACGUGAACGACAACCCGCCGAUCUUCGACCACAGCGACUACAUCGUGUCGCUCAAUGAGAGUGUGCUGCCUGGGACGCCCGUCCUGCAGGUGAUGGCGUCGGACAGCGAUCUGGGGGAUAACAGCAAGAUCACGUACUAUCUGGCCGACGCGGAGACGCAGUUCACGGUCGACCCGGAGACGGGCGUGAUUGCGACGACCGAGCAGCUGACCUGCCCGCACCAGAACUGCCACGAGGGCGGCCGGAGCUGCCCGAAGAGCUGCGUGUUUACGGUGUUUGCGCGGGACCACGGCACGCCGCGGCAGGACGGCCGCACCUACGUCACGGUCAACCUGGUGGACACGAACGAUCACGAUCCGGUGAUACGGUUCCAGUACUUCCCGCCGACCGGCAGCUUCGCGACGGUGGACGAGAACGCGGCGAACGGGUCGGUCGUGGCGGCCGUGUCCGUGGUGGACGCCGACGAGGGCCUGAACGGGGACACCAGCCUGCGCAUCGUGGCGGGCAACGAUCUGCAACACUUUCGGCUGGAGAAGUCGCCCAGCUUCUACAUCGUGCGCGUGAACGGGGUGCUCGAUCGGGAGGAGAUCGGGAAGUACAACCUCACCGUGGUCGCGAUCGACCGGGGUGCGCCGCCCCGCACCGCCACCGCCCACCUCAUCAUCCACGUGAACGAUGUGAACGAUCACGAGCCGGUGUUUGAAAAGUCCGAGUACUCGACCGUGCUGAGCGAGCUGGCCCCGCCGGGGACGUACGUAGCCAGCAUCACCGCCACGGACGAGGAUACCGGCGUGAAUGCGCAGAUCUUCUACGACUUUGUGGCCGGCAACCGGGACCAGUGGUUCCGGAUCGAUCCUGCCUCCGGUCUGAUCACGACACGGGCGCCGCUCGAUCGCGAGGUACUCGGGCACGUGGAGCUGAGCAUUUCGGCCCGGGACGGGGGGCCCAAUCCGAAGUGGGCCCACACCCAGCUCAAGGUCACCAUACUGGACGAGAACGAUGAGGCGCCGGCCUUUGCGCAGCCGCUGCUGAACGUGACGCUCAGCGAGACGGCACCACCGCGCACGGUCGUCGUCUCGCUGGCAGCCGUGGACCACGAUCAGGGGACGAACGGGAGCAUCACGUACUCGUUUCACCCCAGCGUGGAGCGCAACUAUCCGGGCACGUUCGAGCUGGACGCACUGUCGGGACAGAUCGCAACGCGCCGGGCGCUCGAUCGCGAGCUGGUCGCGGCCUACACGCUCGUGGUGAUCGCCCGCGACCAUGGUUCGCCGCCGCAAUCGUCCAGCGCUACGGUCAGCAUCGCGGUUGAGGAUGCCAACGACAACAGCCCGGAGCUGUAUCCCAGCGCGUUCUUUGUGCAGGUGGCGGAGGACGCUCCGGAGGGUACGCUGAUCGCGCAGCUGACCGCCACCGAUCGGGACGAGGGUGAGAAUGCGAUCGUGCAGUACGAGCUGGUCGGCGGUCCGACCACUGAUGCCGCUCUGUUCGCUAUCGAUGCGACUACGGGAGCGCUGACGCUACGGUCCAGCCUGCAGAAGUCACCAAAGCCGGUCCAUCGAGUGAUUGUCGGCUGCAAAGAUCGUGGUGGGCGGCGGGCCGACCAGGACGCCGUCGUCGAGGUGGUCAAGGAGUCGCUCGUCGAGGAGAUUGGGUUUGAUGCACCGUCCCCCUCAGGGUACGACUUUCGCCUGCUGGAAGACAACGGGCUGGAGCGGCGACAAAAGUCACCGCAGGAGCGAGAGGUGGGCCAGCUGCGCACGCGCUGGGCUGCAGCUUCCGGCUCGGCCUCCGCCGGCUCGUCCAACGUGGUGUUUGCGAUCGUGCGGGGCGACUCGGCCGCCAGCUUCCGCAUACACGAGCGCACCGGUGUGAUCAGCACGGCACGGCACAUCGAUCGCGAGCAGCGCGCACUGUACCGGCUCACGGUGGCGGCACGGAACGGGCUCGCCUACGGGGAAACGACCGUCAACGUCACCGUCGUGGAUGUGAACGACAAUGCGCCGGCCUUUCUUUACGAGCACGACGAAAUUCGGCUGCCGGAAAAUGCGGCCGUCGGGCAGGAGGUGUACGUGGCGAAGGCGAAGGACGCGGACACGGGCGCGAACAGCCAGGUGCGGUUCGGGCUGAGCAGCAAUCCGGAGGGUCUGUUUCGCAUCGCCGAGACGAGCGGGGUGAUUUACCUGAACCGCUCGAUCGGUGUCGAACCGGGCACCGUUCUGUCGCUCGAGGUGAGUGCCACCGACGGAGGCAGCCCGCCGCUGACGACACGCACCACGGUGCAGGUGACGGUGGAGGACGUGAACGACCACACGCCCGUGUUCGAUCACACCUCGUACGAGACGUCGCUGCUCGAGUCGAUGCCGGUGAACUCGCGCUUCUUUGCGCUGGCCGCGUCCGACGCCGACGUCGGCCCGAACGGGCGCAUCUCGUACGCCAUCGUGGAGGGCAACGUGGACGGCAAGUUUGGCAUCUUUCCCGACGGCUACCUGUUCGUGCGCAGCGCGCUGGAUCGCGAGGAGCGCGACUACUACGCGCUGACGAUCGCGUGCGCCGACGAGGGCCGGCCGGUGUCGCGCAGCUCGUCCGUGCCGGUGAUUGUGCACGUCAUCGACGAGAAUGACAACGCGCCACAGUUUACCAACGGGACGUUCGUGUUUAGCGUGGCCGAGAACGAGCCGCCCGACACGUUUGUGGGCAAGCUGACGGCGAUCGAUCGCGACAUUGGACGCAAUGCGGAGCUGAUCUACACACUCUCCUCGACGUCUUCCACGUCGUCGGCGGGAGGAUCGUCGGCCAGCGGGAAGGACCGCGAGGAGGAUUUCAGCAUCGAUUCGCGCAACGGUUUCAUCCGCACGCGCCGCUCGUUCGAUCGCGAAGCGCUCGGCGGUCAGAGCUUCCUCGCGCUGGAAGCAACCGUUUCCGACAAUGGUGCCGUUCGGUUGAGGGAUCGCGUCAAGAUCAAGGUGUUUAUUACGGACGUCAACGACAAUGCGCCCGUGUUUGUGCGCGCACCCUACCGGGUGCAGAUCUCCGAGGGCGCCUCGAUCGGCACGCAGCUGGUGCGCGUUUACACCCACGACGCCGACGAAGGACUGAACGGGGACGUGUUUUACUACAUCUCCGAAGGGAACCGGGCGGAGCGAUUCGCUAUCGACGACUCUACCGGCCAAAUAACGCUCGCCCGAGCGCUGGAUCGCGAAACGACGGCCUCCUACCGACUGACGGUAGUGGCGCACGAUGCCUCCAAGCAGCACCGGUUGAGCGCGUCCACCACCGUCACGAUAGAGGUGCUGGACGAAAACGACGAUGCGCCCGAGUUCACGCAGACGCUGAGCCAAAUCGCGAUCGUGGAGACGACCCCGAUCGGCACCGAGCUGAUGCGAUUCCGCGCGACCGAUCUGGACCUGGGAGCGAACGCGCAGAUUGCCUUCUCGAUCGCGGCCGGCAACCGGCGGGACACGUUCCACAUCGAUGCGCUGUCGGGCGCACUGUACCUGCACCGUGCCCUCGACUACGAGGACACGCAGAGCUACUCGCUCAACAUCUCGGCCGCGGACGGGGGCAAUCCACGGCUGGCCACCACCAUCCUGUUCGCCGUCAACGUGAUCGACGCUAACGACAACCCGCCCGCCUUCCCGAACACCGCGAUCGUGCGGCAAAUUCGCGAAGGCAUUCCACUCAACACGCCGAUUGUGACGGUCACGGCGGAGGAUCCCGACUCGGGCCUGAACGGCAAGGUGCGGUACGAGAUCGCCCACCAGGACCCGCAGGACGGGGACGGCGAGCGCCACUUUGGCAUCAAUCCGACCACCGGCGUCAUUCACACGCUGCACCUGAUCGACCGGGAGGCCAUCGACACGUACCGGCUCACCGUGCUGGCCACCGACCAGGCCGCCCCACCGGCACAGCGACUUUCCGCGGAAAAGCUCGUCACCGUCAUCGUGGAGGACGUGAACGACAAUGCGCCUGUGUUCGUGUCGAUGAAUGCUGCCAUUCUGCCGGUGCGCGACAGUGCCAUGGGCGAAAUUAUGCGCAUACACGCGCAGGACGCCGACUCGAGCUCGAACGGGCUCGUCACGUACGAGAUGAUCGGUGGGAAUACGGACAUCUUCCAGCUGCAUCGCACCACGGGCGUGAUCACGCUGCGCAAGCCGAUCCCCAAACCGGACACCCGCUACCAACUGUCCGUCCGAGCGACGGACGAGGCCGUGCAGGCGGAGCGCAAAAGCAGCGACGCGUACAUCACCAUCCUGACGACGGGCGCUCCCGGCAGCAGUUCCUCGGGGCCCGUGUUCGCCAAGAAGGACCUGUCGGGCAGCGUGUCGGAGAACGAACCGAUCGGUACCAGUAUUCUGACGGUUUCCGCCUACCUGAACUCGGUGUCGGACAUCGAGUACUACGUCACCAACGUCACGUCCGGCACGAACGGGCGGCAGGUCAACCGGCUGUUCGACAUCGACACCAAGCUGGGCAUUCUGUCGACCGCGGCCGAGCUGGACCGUGAAGCUGGCAUCGAGCAUUACGACGUCGAGGUGUACGCCGUCGCCGUCGGUACCGUGCCCAGGACAACCAGCACCCGGAUACGAGUGAACGUGCUGGACAAGAACGACAGCCCGCCAAAGUUCCAGAACCUCCCGUUGGUAUUCAGCGUGUCGGAGGAUCUGGCCGUCGGACAGACGGUGGCGCGCAUCACCGCGACGGACCCGGACACGCUGGGAAAACUGGAGUACGCGCUGCUGGACGGAGACGCGCCGAAGAAGUUUGCGCUGGAGCGGGAAACCGGUUUGCUAAAGCUGCGCGAUACGCUCGACCGCGAGACGGAGGACUCGUACCGGCUGAAAGUCAGUGUGACGGACGGUAUUCAGAGCACCGAAACUACGAUCACUAUUCAGAUUACCGACACCAACGACAAUCCGCCCGUGUUUGCGGAGCCGGCCUAUUCGUUCGACAUUCCGGAGAAUGCGCAGCGCGGCUUCCACGUCGGAGUCAUCGCGGCUACCGAUCCCGACGUCGGCACCAAUGCGGCCGUCACGUACACCGUAAUAUCCGACUGGGCGAACGACGUGUUUUCGCUGAACCCUCAAACGGGAAUCUUCACGCUAACGGCACGGCUCGACUACGAGGAGGUCCAGCACUACAUUCUGGUCGUUCAGGCUCAGGAUAAUGGAUAUCCGAGCCUGUCCAGCACAUUGACCGUCUACUGCAACGUGGUCGAUCUGAAUGACAAUGCGCCCAUCUUCGAUCCGAUGAGCUAUUCCAACGAAAUCUUUGAGAAUGCACCGAUCAACUCGGACGUAGUGACCGUUAGCGCCACCGACAUUGAUUCCGGAUCAAACGGGCGUAUCGAAUACUCGAUAACGGCCGGCGACGAUAAUGAGGACUUCCAAAUCAUGAGUAACGGCACCAUCCGUACCCGCCGUGCGCUGGAUCGCGAAACGAAGAGCUCCUACAGCCUGGUGGUGACGGCCCGGGACUGCGCCAAGGAGCCGGAGAAGCGGCUCUCGUCCACCGUACAGGUUACGAUCGUGCUAAAGGAUAUCAACGAUCUGGCGCCGGAGUUUGUCACCCCGAACGAGACGAGCGUGGCGGAAAACAUCCCGCCCAACACGGUUAUCAUGGCUAUCAAGGCGGUCGAUCGGGACGAGGGACGCAACGGCUACGUCGAGUACCAGCUGGAAGAUGAUCAAGGUUCGCUGCCGAGCCCGUUCACCGUCGGACAGGCCGACGGGCUGUUGCGCGUGUCGGGCCAGCUGGACCGCGAGGCCAAGCCGAGCUACGAGCUGAACGUGAUUGCCAAGGAUCGGGGCGACCCGCCCAGGAUGACGCAGUCGCGCAUCCGCAUCAACGUGCUGGACGAAAACGACAACAGUCCCAUCUUUGACCCGAAGCAGUACAGUGCCGCAAUCGCGGAGAAUGCCAGCAUCGGCGCUAGCGUGUUACAGGUAUCCGCGACCGAUAUCGACGAAGGCGCUAAUGGACGCGUACGCUUCUCGAUAGCGGCCGGCGAUGACAACCGCGACUUUACCAUUAGCGAGGAUAGCGGCGUGGUGCGCGUAGCAAAGAAUCUCAACUUCGAGCGCAAAUCACUGUACGCGAUCACGGUGCGUGCGGAGGACUGUGCCGGCGACACCGAGAACGGCGAGGUGCGUUUCGACACCGCCCGGCUAUCGAUCACCAUCACCGACAUCAACGACAAUCCGCCGACCUUCCUCGACUCGCCCUAUCUCGCCUACGUCAUGGAGAACGUCAUCCCGCCGAACAAUGGUUACGUUAUCACGGUGCGGGCGUACGAUGCGGACACGCCGCCGUUCAACUCGCAGGUGCGGUACUUCCUCAAGGAGGGUGACACCGAUUUCUUCAAGAUCAAUGCGUCCACGGGCGAAAUAUCCUUGCUGCGCGCCCUCGAUCGGGAAAUGCAGGAAGAGUACAUUCUAACGCUCGUGGCAAUGGAUACGGGAUCGCCUCCCCUAACGGGAACGGGAACGGUGCGUGUCAUGGUGCAGGACAUCAAUGAUCACAACCCGGAGUUCGAGCGCCAAUCAUACCAGGCGACGAUAGCGGAGAAUCAACCGAUAGGUACGCGAGUGCUGUGGCCGAGGGCCACCGAUCGUGAUGCGGGCCUGAACGCAAAGAUUCGCUACACGCUGCUCGGCGAGCACUCGAGCCGCUUCCGACUCGACGCCUCCAGCGGAGAAAUCACUACCGCCGCCGUUCUCGAUCGCGAGGAUAUGCCCAUCUAUCACUUCACGCUGAUGGCUCAGGACAGCUCGACGACGGAGCCGCGGGCGACGCUCGUCAAUCUAACCAUUGACGUGCAGGAUGUGAACGAUAAUAGCCCGGCGUUCGGUGCGCCCACAUUCCACGUCAACGUGCCCGACCGGAUCAAACCGGGCCAGUUCGUGUUCGGCGCAAAGGCGAUCGAUCGAGACGAGGGCGUUAAUGCGCGCCUGCUCUACUCGAUCGUCGGCACGGAUGCAGCCAAGUUCCGCAUCAACGAGCACACCGGAGUGAUCGAGGCGGCAACAGAGCUGUCAACGCCGAUGUCCGGCGCCAACUCGGAGCGUGUCUUUCGGCUGACGAUUGUGGCGAAGGAUGAGGGCUACGAGCCACGGUCGGCCACCUGUGAGCUGGCGAUUUCACUGCGAUCGGCCCAUCUGUUUCCCGUGUUUUCCUACACGUCGGAAACGCAGUUUGUGCUGCCGGAAGACAUCGCCGACGGUAAGAUGGUGACGAAGCUGGCAGCCACCUCACCAAAGAAAGGCUCCGUGGGGACGAUCCGGUACGCAAUCGCCGGAGGCAACAUUGGUGAAGCGCUACGCAUCGACCCGAGCACUGGCGAGGUGGCCGUAAACCGGGGUGGACUGGACUACGAGCGGCACCAGCAGUAUGAGGUGUGGAUCGAGGCGGCCGACUCUGAUAGGCCGAGCUUACGCAGCGUGCUACAGCUCAUUGUGAAUGUUACCGACGCCAACGACAAUGCACCCGUCAUGGACCGUCCGAUGUACGUGGCGGAGGUGCUGGAGGAGGAGUCGCCAUCGCAGCUGGUUACGAAAGUAUCUGCCAGCGAUGCGGAUUCUGAGGAGAAUGGUCAGAUUACAUACCGGUUGCGCGAUGAUUUUGAAAGCUUCGAAAUCAACACUGACACGGGCGAAAUCUAUACCACCACACGGCUGGACCGCGAAGACAUCGCACAGUAUACGCUGAUUGUGGAGGCAGUAGACCAAGGUGUGCCCCAGUUGACCGGCAGUGCUACAGUGCUUGUCAAUGUGCUCGAUAAGAACGAUAAUCCGCCAAAGUUUACGCGACUCUUCUCCGUCAACGUGACAGAGAACGCUGAGAUAGGACAGUUUGUGAUCAAGAUCACCUCCUCGGAUUCGGAUGUCGGUGUUAACGCGAACGCAACCUACAUCUUUACGGAGAACUUGGGUGGCAAGUUUUCGAUCGACUCCACUACUGGCAAUGUGACGGUAGCGGGUCAUUUAGACCGUGAGCAACAGGAUGAGUACAUUCUGAAGGUGGCCGCCGUCGACGGAGCUUGGCGGACGGAGACACCGCUCACGAUCACGAUCCAAGACCAGAACGAUAAUGCGCCAGAGUUCGAGCACAGUUACUACAGCUUCAACUUCCGCGAGUUGCAAAAAUCGGUAACAUUCGUUGGUCAGGUGAUUGCCACCGAUCGUGACAAGCAGGGACCGAACUCGGUCAUCUCAUACUCGCUCCAGCAGCCGUCCGAUCUGUUCACCAUCGAUCCAGCGACUGGAGAGAUCUUCAGCAAGCGUCGAAUUCACUACAAGCACACACAGUUGGAAGCUUCGCCGGAAAAUAGCUUCACACUGACAGUGUUGGCUACCGACAACGGCAAGCCUCCGAUGUACACCGAGUGUUUGGUGAACAUCAACGUGGUCGAUGCGAACAAUAAUCCGCCCGUCUUCAGUCAGCGUGCGUACAUGGCUCCUGUACCCGAGGGUGCCGAUGUGGGCGUGCGAAUACUGCAGCUGACUGCCCGAGACGAGCUGGACUUUGGAGUAAACGCUGAGAUUGAGUACCAACUAAUCGGUGGCAAUGGAUCUGACCGGUUCGCCAUCAACAAGCUGGACGGUUGGAUUGUAGUUGGGCGUAAGCUGAGCGAGGUAGCAGCAUCACCUGGCACAGUCUUUGUGCUACAGGUGCGAGCCAUCGAUCGAGGAGUACCACCGCAGCAGGACGAAGUCAGCGUGACACUGAUCGUAACUGGUGCGAAUAGAUUCGCUCCCGUCUUCCAGAGUCCUUCCUAUCAGGUGAUCGUUCCGGAAAAUGAACCGAUCGGUUCCACGAUCCUUACGGUCAGUGCACCGGACAAUGAUGACGGACCGAACGGAAUGGUACGCUACGCAAUAUUGGCUGGCAAUGAGCGCAAUGACUUCAUGGUAAAUAGCGUGACGGGAGCGGUCAGCAUCCGCAACCCGCUCGACUAUGAUCUGAUACAGGUGUACCAGCUGAACAUUACGGCCGAGGAUCUCGGCUACAAACCGAAACGAUCCAUCGCCAUGGUCACAAUUACGCUCACGGACAUUAACGACAAUGCACCCUACUUCAACCAAUCGGUGUACGACGCGUACGUUGCCGAAAACUCGCCAGCCAACACGUUCGUGUACCGUGCACAGGCACACGACCGAGACUCGCCCAAGAACGCCAUCAUCAACUACGCCAUUGUGGGUGGUUCGGGACGUGAAUUGUUUGCCAUUGAGACAGCGACAGGCAUUAUCACCUCGAAAGCGACGUUUGACUACGAGGAGCAGGAUCAGUAUACGCUCACGCUCGCCGCGUACAAUCCCGACUCGUCGAUGCGCAAUGAAACCAAGGUGAUCGUGCACGUAACGGGCGUUAACGAAUACUUCCCAAAGUUCAUUCAACCCGUGUUCCACUUUGAUGUGUCCGAGUCAGCUGAGGUCGGAUCCAGUGUGGGUAUUAUAGAGGCAACCGACAAGGAUGCAGGUGAGGAUGGUAAGGUGUACUAUCUGCUGGUGGGUUCGAGCAACGACAAAGGCUUCAGUAUUCAUCCCAGCACGGGUGUGCUGGUAGUGUCGCGCAAUCUUGACCGCGAGACGCAGUCUCGCGUAGUGCUAACCGUGCUAGCCAAGAAUUACGGUGGUAUCCGAGGAAACGAUACGGAUGAGGCGCAAAUCAUCAUUUCCAUUCAGGAUGGGAAUGAUCCGCCAGAGUUUCAGCGAGACCUGUACGAGGCCAGUGUUUCCGAAGGAGAUCCGAUAGGGACGAAAGUGAUUGUGGUGAAAGCUGUCGACAAAGAUGUGCGUCCGCAGAACAACCAGUUCAGCUUCUCCAUCAUCGGCGGUAACAAUGACCAUUCGUUCAAGAUUGAUCCUCAGUCGGGUCAGAUUGAAACUGCACGCAAGCUAGACCGAGAAACAGUCCCAACGCACAAGCUGCUGCUUGGUGCGAUCGACACAGGCACACCACCGCAAACUGGUACGACGGUCGUACGAAUCACCGUUACCGAUAUCAAUGAUAACGGACCGACAUUCGAUCCGAAGGACACGAUCGGUGCAGUGCUGGAAAACGAACCGCCCAACACGGUCGUCAUGACGCUGGCCGCCACGGAUCCUGAUCUUCCACCUAACGGCGCACCGUUCACAUACCAGCUUGUUGGCGGGCGACACAAAUCGCUAUUCACGCUCGAGCGUCAUUCCGGCGUGCUGAAGACAGUGCGCAGCCUUGACCGGGAGCAGACGCCUCAACUGGAACUGCUGGUCGUGGUGGAAGACAAUGGAAAGCCGCGCAAGCGAACCCAACACACGAUCACGGUGAACGUGCUGGACCAGAACGACAGUCCUUCGACGCCCCGAAACGUGCAUGUACUCGUGUACGCAUUCAGAGAAGGUCCGCUGCACGGUGACAUCGCCAGUGUGCAUCCAAACGAUCCCGAUGUGACAGGCGACUAUCGCUGCAAGUUGCUGACCGACACCAACAAGCAGCCCGUGACAACAUUCACAAUAUCCAGCGGUUGUCAGCUUCGUCUUACCAACGCUAACCGUAUUCCCACCAGUGGACAUACGUUCCUGGUUUCUGGCAAUGACGGCAAGCACCCAGAUGUAACGUCGACAGUUUCUGUCGAGUUCUUGCACUUUGACAAUGCCACGGUUGAUCAAUCAAUCACCGUUCGGCUGGAGAACAUCAGCAGCGCCAACUUCCUUGCCAAUUACUACCGGAAUUUCGUAGACAUCGUGAAGGCAUCGCUAGAGCCGGCAGAUGAUCUGAUCCUGUACAGCCUGCUGGAUGCUGGAAAAGCACUGCAUGUGACCUUGGCCGUACGAAAUACUCCACUCAAAGGAUACCGGUCCAAGCAGUACGUAAUCGAGCGGUUCUCACGCAAGCUUGAAGCAAUUGGACAGCUGCUUCCCAACGUCCAGACCACGAUUGGGUACGAUCCUUGCCGUUCUGCAGACACAUGCGCUAACGGUGGUGUGUGUAGUGCACGGAUCAAGGUAUACCCUGAGGAAGACAAUCGGAUCACCGAUAGCCAAUCGCUCAUAUUCACUUCACCACCGGUUCGGCACGAUUUCGCCUGUGCCUGUCCUGAUGGAUACACUGGCGCACGCUGUGACAAGCGGCAGGAUCCCUGUUCACCUAACCCCUGCCAUGCUGGUGGUCAAUGUCGUCGGCAGGGAUAUGACUUCCAGUGUACUUGCCCGUCGAACCGUGAGGGCAAGUACUGUCAGCUGGAGCGUGGAGACAUUUGUUCGAGUGGUCCGUGUAAGAACGGUGGCUCUUGUCGGGAAAGUUCCGACGGUUCGUCCUUCUUCUGCCUGUGCCGACCAGGCUAUCGAGGCAAUCAGUGCGAGGCAGUGGCCGACUCUUGUCGCCCUAACCCGUGUCUACAUGGUGGGUUGUGCGUUAGCCUUAAGCCCGGCUACAAAUGUAGCUGUGUCGAAGGCCGAUACGGCCGUCACUGUGAGAAAACAACCUUCGGGUUCCGUGAGCUGUCCUACAUGGCAUUCCCUGCGCUGGACUCAGCUACAAACGAUAUUUCGGUCGUGUUCGCCACCACCAAGCCGGAUGCUUUGUUAAUCUACAACUAUGGCAUCCAGAGCGGCGGUAGAUCCGAUUUUGUGGCGAUGGAAAUUGUGAACGGCCGGGCAGUGUUUUCAUAUGGCGGUGCUCGAACAGCCAUUACUUCACUCGUCGUGGGGCAAAGCACUUCAACGGCCAGCGGACGGAACGGUUCUAUUUCCAAUGGAGAAUGGCACAAGAUCACGGCUACACGCAAUGGGCGCGUGAUGUCUCUGAGUGUCUCCAAGUGCACGGACAAUGGCGAUUACUGCGACGAUUGUCGGCCAGGUGAUUCUAGCUGUUAUGCGGACGAUACGGGUCCUACAGGAACGCUGAAUUUCAACAAGCACUAUCUGCUUGUGGGCGGCCUUAUGGCAGCGGAUCCGGUGCUAGAGCGUCCUGGUCAGGUACAUUCAGAUGAUUUGGUCGGUUGCGUGCACAGCGUGUCCAUCAACGGACGAGCGCUCAAUUUGAGCAAUCCGAUCAAGUCUUUCGGCAUCGAGUCGACUUGUCAGCGCAGCACCGGUAGCAGCGGACCAUGCGGCCUCGGACUUCCGGAGGAUCCGGCACAGCCCCUUUGCGGUCCUUACGGUCAGUGCAUGGACCGAUGGCAUACAGCCAUGUGCCGUUGCGGUGGAGCCAUCCUGUCCCCCGACUGUUACAGCUCGCUGGACGCAUACUCACUGCAGGACGGAGCAUUCAUCGAGUUCGAGAUCACGGAGAAACACAAGCGCAUGCAGCUGCUGGAGAGCAUCUACAGUGGCAAGAGCUGGAUCUGGAGCUACGAUGUGACGCGAAGUAAACGCCACGAAGGUCACGUCGCACCAACACUGACGAUCGCCGAGGAUCCACCCAAGUAUAUGAGCAUUCUGUUCAAAACGAACAAACCGAGCGGAGUUCUUAUAUAUGCCGCCACCAGCAGCAAGCACUACACUGCUAUCGAGCUAAGAAACGGUCGACUUUCAUACACCUCACAUCAAACGUCCUUCGUGAACGUUUCCGCAUCGGCCGGUGGGGGACAAGAUGGCAGUUCGCUAGCCGAUGGUAAUUGGCAUAACGUAACGCUACAUUCGCACAACCGUGUGCUGCAAGUGUUGGUAGAUGGAAGGAUGGUGGUGCCAGAGUUGGAUGCAACAGGCGUGCAUGACUUCCUAGAUCCGUACCUGACCGUGCUGGCCAUCGGGAAUGUCCGCAGAGAGUACUUCAGUGCCAGUGAAACGGAGCCAAUGCCCGCCUACUUCCAGGGAUGUCUGGCCAACUUCACGAUCAACGGAGAGGUGCAACCGUUCAACGGAUCGGGCAGUAUAUUCCGCAGUGUCGUACAUCGGGGUAACGUGGCACAGGGCUGUGCCUGGAGCGUGCUGGGCACGGCGCAGGUUACCAACCCGCUGAACAUAGGCAUUACGCUAGUGAUCGUGUUCUUCGUGAUGCUUCUGAUUGGCAUUUUCAUAUCCUUCCUGGUGGUACGAUGCCGUCGUCAGCAUAAGGAAAAAAGCGGAGCUCUGGGCCACUCUUCGGCAGCGCUGCACUCCAAACAGAACGGAACGGGAGGAUCAACACUGCUGGCCGGCUCGGGAAUGGUGUCUUCCGGCGGGCUGCAUGGUGACGGUGGCGGCCGUGGGAUGCAUGCGAACGAUCUGUCCGUUGUAGGAUACCAUUCGGAAAACAGUGACAUGUUGCGUGGCGUCAGUGGCCAUCACCUCGUCGGACCCGAGCUUAUCUCGAAGAAGUACAAAGAGCGCGAUCUAGCCGCCACGGAACCACAGCGACCGCAGCGACCGGACAUAAUCGAGCGCGAGGUGGUAAGCAAAAGUCCACCGCUGCCACCGCCGAGUCAGUCGCAUCAUCCAUCGGCCCCGCACGAUCACACCAACAAUCCGUCCUCGAUGGAUCUCGGCUCGGAGUAUCCCGAGCACUACGAUCUGGAGAAUGCAAGCUCGAUCGCACCAUCGGACAUAGACAUUGUGUACCACUACAAGGGCUACCGGGAGGCAGGUGGAGUGCGUAAAUAUAAGGCCACACCGCCACCGGUCGCCACCGCAUAUACGCACCACAAGCAUCAAACGUCGGCAGCGGCCGCCCAGCAACAGCAUCGCCAUUCGCCGCAUCACGCAGCCGCCGGGGGACCGUACGCACCGCGGGUACUGCCGCCACCACAAGCUAGUCAGCCGCCACCUUCGAAUGGAGCGGCACACGCACGCCAGCACCAAUCGACGCCGCUGGCAAGGUUGUCGCCAAGCUCGGAGCUCAGCUCGCAGCAGCCGCGCAUUCUCACGCUGCACGACAUCUCCGGCAAGCCGCUGCAGAGUGCCCUGCUGGCAACGACCUCGAGCUCGGGUGGCGUCGGUAAGGAUGCGCUGCACAGCAACAGUGAGCGAAGCCUCAACAGUCCCGUCAUGAGUCAGCUUUCGGGCCAGAGUUCGAGCGCGCGCAGUCGCAGCAAGAAUCCGGGCGGUGUGCCGUCGCAACCCCCGAACGUAGUCUCCGUCAGCUCCGUCGUGGUGCCUGUGGGUCACGGUGGCAUGGGCCUAACGGCUGAGGAGAUUGAGCGGUUAAACGCGCGUCCGCGUACCUCUAGUCUCGUCUCCACGCUGGAUGCCGUGUCGAGUAGCAGCGAGGCGCCAGCACGCGUGCCAGCGCCGCAUCUCUCGCACAUGCACCAUUCGCCGGCCGACAUCGAUGCGCACAGCUCUACCUCAACGGACGAAAGUGGCAACGAUAGCUUCACCUGCUCCGAGAUUGAGUACGACAACAACAGCCUCAAUGGAGACACGGGUGCCACCAACAACGGUGUCGUCGGUAGCAAGUACGGCAAGGGACGGGACGAUCCCGGUCGCCGUAACGAUGUGGGCGGAGGCGGCACCGGAGGACCCGGCGGUGGAGGAGGCGGUGGCGUUAACGGUACCGGUGGUGGUGGUGGUGGUGGUGGCAAGGGAGCUCCCCAUCUUCCACCUGCUUCCUCGUACGAUGGGUUUGAUUCAUCGUUCCGAGGAUCGCUCAGCACGCUCGUCGCUUCGGACGAUGAUCUGUCCAGUCACAUGGUUGGAAUCUACCGGCAGCCGAACGGUGGUGGUGCUGCCUCUCCGUCAGCUACCGGUUGGGAUUAUCUGCUGAACUGGGGCCCAAACUUUGAGAGUCUCAUGGGCGUGUUUAAAGACAUAGCCGAACUGCCAAGUGACGUAACGGUCAAUGGCCGAGUUCCAAACUCGCUGCGUAUUCCUACCGGCGUUCAGUCGAAACCCUCCGAAGAGUACGUUUGAACGCACGAACGCAGUGCUCUGAAACGUGGCUUACCAUUGCAACUGUAACAUUUUUGUACAAAUGAACACAAUCCUACAAAAGUCCAACUCACGUACAGAUAAUAGCUAGACAGCAGUUAGUAGGAAACCAAUCAAGCAACUCCUCGUGUACAUAUGAAACUACCAUGCCUCGAAUGCAGACCCAUCUGCUGAGAUUAGACAUUUAGCGUUUAAGCGUUGCAUCUAAGAAUGGCGCCAACUGCGAAUGAUGCAUCUCUGCCCAUUCAAUUUUUAUUUUGUCGCAGGAAAGAUAAGAAGCUCAACAGAAAGAAAACAUACUUUGUAAGCGGUGGUACCUUGUAUCAAGGUCCUAAAGAAGUACGUAGCGCGUAUGUAAUUGCACCGGGUGCAGGGCAAAUGCAUCGACGCAAGGUCUCUCUAUGCAUUUAUGCACCCCCUCUUUUGACAAGUUUUGACACACAAUAGGACAAUUUUAGGGCUGCAACCCACGCAACAAUAAUACGUGUCACUGCCGGGACGGUUGGGGUUUGGUCGAAAGGAAAAGAGAGGCAAACGAUUGAAGAAACGCAGUGCUAUGGUCUUUUUUAGGCUUACUCGAGUGUGUCGAAAAGCACACCUCUACUCAGAUUAUUCAGCGUGUGUUUGUGUACAUAAAUAGCGAAAGCGCUGGUCGAGCAGGAUCGUUCACUGAAUGCGCGUAGCAUGUAAACUAUACUUCUUGCCAUAUGCUUUUAAAUAUAUAAGAAAACCACUACCGAUCCGUGGGCUGGUGUACAGCCAGCACCAGUGUGCUGCAUGAGCCUAUGAUUUUAAUGCGUUAUGAGACUGUUUUAUUUUUAACAUUCAAACUGUACUCUAGGUAGUCGUGCUGUAUUAUAAUCAUGGCGAGCUCUAUCGUCUUUUAGCUUUUUUUUAACUUUUGCGCAGUUUUAUUUUUGGGUCGCAUCCGGUUUUAAAAGGAACCUUGACAUUGCGGUGCAUAAUAGGAAUUGUACGAUAGGAAACGUACGUACGGCACAAUGUUCAAUUCCAUCACUCACAAGCUAAACCAGGGCGUCAAAAUCUAGCAUUCGAGUAUUUUAAAGAGAGAGAAACAAGCGAUUCUAUAAAAAAUAUGGUUCACCAAGGACCACAAUUUGGUAAAAUGUAUAAUUGAAGAGAAUAAAUUUCACACCACUGUAAAAUGUAAA